UGGUCUGCAUUCAGGAGUUCCAGGAUCCAUCUGCACUCUUGGCUCUGAUCUCUCUGCAGCAGGCCACCACUCCAAGAUAAAACACUGAAAACCAAUCCUUAUUAAAGUAAUUCUCCUUUAGUCUUUUUCUUCAGAUAUCUUCCAUGAAAAAGUAUAAUUGUUUAACCAAUUCCCUUAAGGGUUAUUUCCCCUCCAAUUUAAUACCCCUAUGCUCUGUUAGCACACAACAGGGCUGACACUGCCUGUGGGGGUUACAAACUGAAGCUACAAAAAUGUCUAUGCAAGAAUUCUCAAAUCAGGCCCGAGCUGCAUCUGCAAGGUAACACCAAUAUCUUGGAGUAAGAGGGAGACAGAGGGUGACCCUAACCUGCAAAAGGUAUCAAAAGUAAGAAUUAAAGAGCAUUAAUAGGUUAACAGAGAGAAUAGGAAGUGAAAAUGUUUGGAAUAGGUGGAAAUCUGAAGCCUGAGAAUAAAGCAUCAAUGUGCUUUAGGGUGUUUCUGUUCAGCAGUGAUGUGCAUUGAAAGCCUAAGGCAGCAGGCUGGAAUAGCAGAGCUCAGCCAAGCUGUGCACUCAGACCUACAGGGGAGGCCCUGGCUCUGAAGCAACCCCAAUUGCUCCAGAACAGAUUCAUGCUGAAUAAGCAGAACUCUUCUGUGGACUGCCAAAAUUUUUUCCUUGGUGCUUUAUAGCUCUCAUCAGUCACAUGGAUAUAAAUUCUAUAAGCACCAAAAAAGAGAGUGCUAACAGAAUCCACUAGGAAGCAUAUAAACAUCUUUAUUUUAGUUAGAAGUGGUCGUAACAAAUCUCAGAACUAAUAUCCAGUGAUGUUAUGACCCCUCUUGUGGAUCACUUUAUUCAGGGAUAUUUAGUCAAGUGCAAAGGGACUGAGCAAGCAGGAAAUAACAAUUUAGCCAAUAAAUAACUGCUUUAUACAGUUAACAGACACAGAACCUAGUUAGGAUUUAAUGAAAUAUUAAGCUACAAAUUAUCAUACUUCUCACCUGUGUAAAGGCAGCCAAAGAUUCUUUGCAGGCAUCAAUCAGAAAUGAAGAGCCAACUCCAUGGUUGCCAUUUGCUGCCAGCUAGGUCAGGACGGAUGGCACUGACAACUCAACUCAGUGACCCAAAUGAUCUGUGACAGCUUUGCUCUGCCCCCAAGACACAGUAUGGAAGCCAUUGCCAAGUUUGAUUUCACUGCUUCUGGAGAAGAUGAGCUGAGCUUCCAGGCUGGGGAUAUGUUGAAGAUUUUGAGCUCCCAGGAAGAGUGGUACAAGGCUGAGCUCAGAAGUCACGAGGGCUACGUUCCUAAGAACUUCAUUGAUUUCCACGUUCCCCCCUGGUUUGAUGAGAAGAUAUCCCGCCAUGAAGCAGAGAACCUUCUCAUGAGCAAAGGAGUUGGCUGCUUCAUCGUCCGGGCCAGUCAGAACUCUCAUGGUGACUUUUCCAUCUCUGUCAGGCAUGAAGAUGAUGUGCAACACUUCAAAGUGAUGAGGGAUUCAAAGGGUAGCUAUUACUUGUGGACAGAGAAAUUCCACUCGCUAAACAAGCUGGUGGACUACUACAAGACAACUUCCAUCUCCAGGCAGAAGCAGAUCUUCCUAAGGGACAACAGCCAAGAAGAACAGGAGAGGCGGGGUGGGAGCCUGGAACGGAUAGGUCGGGAAGGAUUCCACAUGGCAGGAGCAGCUGGAGAAGAUCAUUCUUCUAUAUCCAAGAAAUAUGUAGAGCAUCCUGUUCCCAUACUGCAGCAGCAACAGGAAAGACAUGGUGGGAGUCUGGACAGGAAAGAUGUGAUGCAUAGACUAAGGGAUUACGGCCAAGGAAGUGCAGGAGCUAUGCAACGGAGACACACAGACCCACCACACCAGCAGACACCACGCACGCUGUGGGUCCGUGCCUUGUACGACUUCGAUGCCAUGGAGCACGACGAGCUGGGAUUCCGCAGUGGGGACAUCGUGGAGGUCCUGGACAGCUCCAACCCCUCCUGGUGGAAAGGACGCCUGCGUGGGGAGCUGGGUCUCUUCCCUGCCAACUAUGUCACACCAGUGCUGCUGUGAGGGCACAGUGUGGCCCAGAGGGCUGUGCUGGAGCUGCUCCUCUGACCUGACAGGGACUGAGAAGGAGUGCAUCUUCCCUUGCCACCAGGACAUACAUUGUUUAUUGUUUUGUCUUAAUUUAUUGGCAGUUGAUCUUUUGAAAUGUUGGGAUGAAAGAGAACCUUUUGAAAAAGAAUUUUUCCCCCCUAUUUUUCACAGUCGUGAAGGAGGGGGAGCAAAAAUCUUGGACUAUCCAUUGAGACUUUUCUGGAUCCUCCCUGUCACCUCUUUGGCUAACUGUUGACAAGCUCCUGCAAUUAGGUUUAUUCUGUAGAAAUGCCCUUCAGGAAAGUCAGGCUUCAGGUUCAAUAUUCAGGUAGCCCUAUCCCUUAAUUUUGGAUUUGGUAGCAGUCAUAGUCUCUUCAGGCUCCAUUCCACCUUUCUUUCCGAGGCAGGAAUGAAUUAAAUGAUCCUUGGCAAGUACAUUAACCCUUCAGUGUGGGAAGGAAAGUGAAGGGGCUUUAGGUUGAGGCAAUCUAGACUUUUCUUAAUAGUUUCUGGCUUACCCAUUUCUUACUGUCUGUAUGGACUGUAUGGAUAUAGCAGAUGAAGGGAAGGAAUCCUGUAAGCUUUUGUACAAACAUACAAGUGGUGAAGGUAUGGGAGGGCAAGAAGCUUUCUUUGUUUCUUCUCAUAGGCCUGCUCUUCUUUCUGCACCCUGUAACAACUUACCCAUUUUCAAGCUGCUCUUUUAGGUACCUACACUUCAGCUAGAUGGACUGAUUAGAGCAGAUCAGGCCCUUCACCUAAAUGAGUAUCCACUGGAUUGGAUUGCAAUUAAUAUUCCUCACUGGUUCUUUUUGUAGAACUGAACUGGGGAAGGAUUGGAGGGGUUUCUCUGGUUUGGUGGCAGAAGUUCUUUCCCUGAGAACUUGCUGUGUUGAGCAUCACCAAGUACACAAUUCUGGCUUACUAGAGAAAUGUCUCAUCCAGGAGGUUAAGCUGUUCUUUUACAGUAUGCAGAGAAUAAAGCUGUAGCCAUCAAA